UCGAUUUUCUCCCCGCACUCCCUCUCUCCCUAUUAUCUCCGCCGCCUCGAAACUCCAUCCUUGCCCAGGACUACCGCCCUCCUCCCCCUCCCUGGCCACGUCCGGCGCCGCCUCCUCCUCCUUUUCCAUUGCCGCACCACCACAGUGCUCAGCCGCGCCCCUACGCGCUAGAGGCUAGGGUUCAACACGGUGGGCAUGGCCACCGCAUCCGCCGCGACGGACGAUGUCCGGCGGCCGCGCAGGCCGAGUCCGGGGACGCAGCUGUGCUCCAGAUCCAAGAACCGAGCCUGAAGCCGCCGGUGGUGGUCGUACACGAGUGGCCGAGCGCGAUGCGCGCCCACGUCGCGGAGGCUGCGGGACGCGACGUGCUGUCGUGCGGCGCGCGGCGCGGGCGCCGUGGGGCGCUGGUUCUGGGCGCGACUAGGCGCGUCACAUACGUCGUGCUCUGCAAGGAGCCCUCGCCGCUCGAGCUCCGGGGCACGACGGUGAUCGUAGGACUGGCAGGGUGCUUCUUCCUGCCCUCUGCCUCGCCAGUGGGCGUGGUGGUGUUCCUAGACAGGUUGCGGGGAGCCGUGCUGGGCGGUGGCCUCGCCGAGGGAGGGCUUGUGGUUGCACAGACGAUUGUGGUCAUGGUGGCCACGUUCGUGGGUAGUGGCUGCAGUUUCUUGGCGGCGUGGCCGGAUACUGGCGGUGCGAUGGCCUGCCGCAGCGGCAGUCCAGUACCAGAUGUUCCCACCGCACAAAGGAAACACACAAAUCGACCAGCCCCACCGUUACCCUGGUCUCGCUGUGCCCGUGUAGUGGCUGCAGUUUCUUGGCGGCGGAUGCGUCGACGGCGUCCCUCUAUGCAUAUGGGUCAAAUCGUCCGCGGGUUCGUAGGCCUCCUCUCGCUGACUCUGUCAUUAUGCGCAAGCGGCCGCAGCAGCAGGGGAACGAGGCCUUGCUUCACUCCGUCGUCAAGGCGAGCAGCAGACAAAGCAGGGGAUCUCACCGAGGCCUGGCACGCUCCCGCUGUUGAUGCCUGGGUCGCCUAGGCGGCGAGAGGCAGAGGUUAGACGGAGAACUGGAGAAGGGGAUCCCAAUUAGGCCUGUCGCACCAGGCAUGUCCUCCAGCGUCCCAGCAGCCCCCUCCUCCCCCAGGUUCACUUUCCCCUCCCCUUCGCUUCUUCCCUGCAAAAUAGAUCAAUCAUUCUCACAUAGAUCAGCGGCAGCACAACAAAACAAAUCAGACAUGCACGAUUUAGUGUGGUCAAUAUUAGCUAGCUUCUAACUGAUAGUGUUUUGUUUUCUUCUGAUAUGAUUAUUGACAAAAUCCCUACCUUUCUGAAGUGCUUUCACUUAGUUGUCCAAAUCAAAUUGCAUAAAGUGAACUGUUGGAUGCCGUUGCCUGGAUCAUUUUUGCUGCAUCACCGGCACACCAUCCGUACUCUGCUUCCAAGCUCACCGAUUUUGACUCUGAAGUCUGCAGCAUCGACGAUGAACUAGCACGUCACGUCUGCCUGCAACAGUGGAGCACGGCCUCAAGAAAAAAUCUCGGUAAUAUUUUCAUAGAGGAUUGUAGAUUUUAACUAUCUCUUUAAGAUUAAACCAAGCUAAGUCAAUGACCUUCCUAAGUUAUUCUGUACUUCCCCGGUUCCCCCUUCCACGUACCAAUUUCUAUACGUUAUGUAUUUUAGUUCUACAGCUGAUAAUUCUGUGCACAUGUGUAUAUCAAGUUUGCAGCAGAUAAUUUUUUUCACUUCGAUCGUUUCUAUUCAUAUAUGAAAUCCCAUGAAAGAACAUGAACUGACAUAGUUGUCAUUUUCUUACACUUCUAUU